AUGCGUCCUCAGCUCAGUAUCUUGGCGUUUCUGUACCAUGCUGCCGCUACCGGCGCUGCUUCGGUGCUUCUGUCCAAUGCCUCGGCCAUCCUCACCUUCGACUCCAAAACUGAAGCGCUGUUGGUCCUCCGCCAUGGCUCAGUGCUGGUAGAUGGUGACCGCAUAACCGGUCUAUACGAGGGUGCAGCACCCAACAGCCUCCCUAAUAAUACCGAGGUCGUUGACUGCGCCGGCAAGAUCAUCUCACCCGGUUUCAUCGACACGCACCGCCAUGGUUGGCAGACAGCCUUCAAGACCAUUGCCUCGAACACAUCUCUGGCCGAGUACUUCCUGCGUUAUGGCGAGUACGUCGCGGGAUCUUACUUCACUCCGGAAGAUGUGUAUAUCGGACAGCUCGCUGGUCUGUACGAAGCCCUGAACGCUGGCACCACGACCAACCUCGACCAUGCCCACCACACGUGGUCCAACGAGACCUCCGAGGCUGGUCUGAAGGCCACCCUGGAUAGCGGUGCGCGCGUGGUCUGGGGCUACACUUUCCACAAUGUAUCUAACUUCACCGUGCCCGAGCAGAUAGCCAACUUCCGCGACAUAAUGGCGUCGUUCCCGUCUAACAACACCCUGGUCACACCUGCCAUGGCCUACGACCACUGGGCGUCCAACCCCUACGGCAAGGACACUCAAGACAUCAUGGCCCUUGCGCGCGAGUACAAGGUCUCGGCCAUGACGGCGCACUAUCUGGGCGGCCCUUGGGACAACGCCAACAGCCCGGAGCUCCUCCAGACUCUUGGUUUCCUCAACGACAGCAUUCCCGUCGUCUUCUCGCACGCCUCGUUUGCCACAGCCAUGGACGCGAAACUGCUGCGCGAGACCAAUCAGUACAUCGCCAACACGCCCGAGUCGGAGAUGCAUUACGGUCACACCCAUGAGCACAGCUACGAUAUCCAGGACCAGAUGGCGCUCGGUGUUGAUACCUUCUUCACCUACUCCACUGACAUGCCGACCCAGGCGCGUAUCUGGCUCCAGAGCGCCCGCUACCAGUCAUACAACCAGAUCAUGUCCCAGUGGGAGAUUCCGCCCUAUGACCCCAUGUCGGUCAACCAGGCCUUCCUCAUGGCGACGCGCAAGGGUGCGCUGGCCCUUCGCCGCCCUGAUCUUGGUAUCAUCGCCAAGGGCGCCAAGGCCGAUUUGCUCAUCUACGAUGGCCGCUCGCCCGGUAUGCUGGGUUGGGUUGACCCUGUGGCCGCUGUUGUCAUGCACGCCAACGUCGGCGACCUCGAGCACGUCCUCGUCGGUGGCGAGUUCAAGAAGCGUGACGGCAAGCUGACAGUCCCCAACUACGGCGCCAUCCAGGACCGCUUCCUUGAGAGCGCCCUGAAGGUCCAGGCGGCCUUCCGCGACACGCCCUAUCCUGUCAUGGAGGGCAGCUACAGCAGCGGUUUCCCUUAUGUUCCUGCCCGCGAGGCCGACAUCAACCGUGGCAAUGGCACCGGUUACGGCGAACUCUUCGUCUGA